AUGAUUGACAUAUGGAAAGGGUCUCUACGUCUCGGUUUAAUAACUAGUCCAUUGUCAACAACCGAUGAACUACCAUUAACAAGUAUACCAACAUGGGUGAAGAAAGAGGGCUUUUAUAUUAUUUCAUUAAAUACGUUUGUAAAUUUAAAAAGUGGCUGUAGAAUUAGUGUAUGGCUUACUGAUUCAAAUCAAUUACAUUAUGCUGUGAAUAAUGUUGUUCGGGGAACAUUAUUAGACUCUCUUCCACAAAACACUCCAUUAUGGUUAUUCUUUGAUAUUUAUGCCAAUACAACAGCAGUUCAGUUAAUUAAUGACGAUGCGCCAUGGGAAAUAAAAGCUCGUGGAACUGAUGCUAUUAAACAUUAUCAAUCUGCUUGUGACAACGGCACAGUACCUGUCUAUCGAACAUUGCUAAUGAUCGUUGGCCAAAAAAAUUGUGGAAAAACAAGAUUAAAAAAAAUGUUGUUAAAUGAAGGACGUGAUAAAUGUCUUCAAGAAUCCAUCGAUCUUUCAUCGUCUUGUUCAAUAAACAUUGAUGAAUCUCGUACAUGGACUAUAAUAGGAUUGAACAGUGAACAUGAGCCAAAUCAAACGAAUCCCAUUGUGAAAGAUGUUGACGACAUCCAAGAAUAUGAUAGUUCUCUUAUAUAUAAUAUUGUACUUAAUCUAUUAAAAUGUCGAUGUGCUCAUACUACAGAUAAAAAAGAUAAGUCUUGGAAAGAUGGUUUAAUUGAAGAUUUUAAGGCCACCUAUUCUACUUUUAAUGUUCCGGAUACAAUACGAACAUUGAUCAUACAGCAUAUUAGACAAAUGAAAUAUUCUGAUGCACAAUCAGCUUUGACCUUUCUAAUGGAAUCAUCAAAAGCUAAAACAAUAAAUUCUGUCGUCAGACGACAAUUACACAUUGAUAUGUGGGAUUUCCCUGGGGCAACAUUUUGCUAUUCAACUCAUCAGAUAUUUUUAUCAUCUCGUGCUGUAUAUUUAUUAGUAUUCGAUUUAACAAAAGAUUUUGAUAGUUUGGCUGAUUCUGGUUACGAAUAUCAAUCUCAGAAAAAUAAAGAUUUAACAAACUUAGAUUAUUUAAAUUUCUGGGCACAUUCAAUCUAUUGUCAUUCUGCAAAUAAUUCGAUUACUCUGAAAUCGGGGGAACAAAGAUUAUCACCACCAAUUAUUAUUGUUGGAACACAUCGAAAUUCACUUUCAGAAGAUAAAAACAGAUUGAUCAACGAAAAAUUUAUAAAGCUACAAGCAAUGAUCUCAAAAAAGCCAUACGCAGCGCAUGUAAUUGAACCUUAUUUUGCUGUUGAAACUGUCAACACAGACCUAACCGAUAUUGAAACGAUCGAUAAACUGAAGAAAGUUAUUGAACAAGUUUGUUUCGACGAGCCCUAUAUGGGUGAACAACAACCAGAAAAUUGGGUACGUUUUGAAACGGCGUUGAACAAUUUGAAAAGACAAGGAAAUUUUUAUGCCUCACUCGAUCAAGUUUGUGAGAUUGCUCGUGAAGAAAAUAUUUGUUCAUCGGAAGAACUCAAAACAUUGCUAGAUUUUUAUCAUGAUGUGGGAAUAAUUGUCUAUUUUGGAAAUACACAAGAUAUGUUUUUGAAAAAUACGCUCAUAUUGCGACCACAAAAAUUAAUUGAAGUAAUUAGACGUGUUAUCUAUGAUGAAUCGAAUAGUACAAUGGAUGCAAUGGUAAUAACAUCAGCUACUACAAGUAAACUGUCCACAGAAGAUGGAAUACUAGAUGAACGAUUAUUUGAUAUAUUAUGUCAACCUUAUUUUAAUCAAAAAAAUUGCCUAUUAGGUUUAAUGAAAAAGUUUGAUUUGCUUUGUGACAGAAGUUUACCGAUACAAGGUGUUACAUCGAGAACAUUUAAAGAAUAUAUUGUUCCAGGUCGUGUAAGAAAUAUUUACAAUGAACAACAACAAUUAACAGAUAAAGAAGAGCAAUCAGUUAUAUUCUAUUAUGAUUUUCAUGGAUUUUUUCCAGAAAGUUUAUUUCAUCGAAUAUUAGUUCGAACAAUAAGAUGGACACAAUCUCAGAAUACAUCACAAACACCAAAAUUACAUUAUAAACGUGGACGAUUUUUUCUUGAUGAUGAUCAUGAUUUGAUUUUGACAUCGGCACCUAUACGAUAUGCACGAAUGAAAGUACAAAUUAUUCGUAUUCAAACAUAUCAUACAUCUCUAUAUCCUGAGCCGACAAUGGUUGCGAAAGUGCGAAAAUUUUUUGAAACAUUAUUAAUUAAUUUUCGUGAUUCAUGGAUUAAACGUCUUUCUUCUUCUUGCGUGGUUUUGUGUCCUUGUGGAAAAAUUUGUGAUUUUCACAAAGCACCUUAUUGUACCAACGAUUUUUGUCUACACUUUUUAAAUCUUGACGAAUGCUUAUCAAAUUCGAUCGUCAAUUGUGGUUUUAGACGUAUAUCAACAGCGUGUUUUAAACAAUGGUUUCCAAAUGUUACAUGUACAGUUUCACACAGUCCUGUUAUUGAAAAAUUACAUGAAUUAAGAAAUAGUUUUUAUGAUGAAGCUACACUUCCAUUAUGGUUACGUUCAGCAUCAAAACUUUUAAAUGUGACUAGUGAUGAAAAUGAUUGGAGUUCAUUAGCGAAAAAACUGGGCUAUCAAAAAACAAUAAUUGAUCACUUUAAUUCAGAUGGAAAUCCAUCUUUACAAUUAAUGACUGAUUGGAUUGUGCGUAGUGGAAAUACGACAUUAGGAUUAGAUAUGUUACUAGCACUAUUGAAACAAAUUAAACGAGAUGAUGUAAUUGAAACGAUUAAUGAAGGACGUGAAUCUCAACAUACUCUACCACCAGUAUUUAUCAGUUAUAACUGGGAUAUACAAGACGAAGUCAAGGAGCUAAGAAACUUUUUAGAAAAAUGUGGUUUCUCAUGUUGGAUGGAUAUUGGUCAAAUGGGCGGGGGAGAAUUAUUAUAUGAAAAAAUUGAUCAUGGAAUACGUAAUGCUAAAGUAAUUAUUUGCUGUGUCACUCCAAAAUAUAUUGUGUCUACGCUGUGCCAGAGAGAAUUAAUAUUAGCUGAUUUAUUAAAAACACCGAUUAUACCAGUUAUGUUUGAGGAUACUCCAUGGCCUCCAUUCGGUUCUCUUAGCAUUGUACUGUCACAAUUGGUAUAUGUCGAUUUAAAAGGUGUUGGUGGUCACGGUGGAAGUGGCAAAAAAGCUGAUCUCCAACAACGUUACAAUGAGAUCGUCAGCAUCGUAGCUCGUUAUGCUCAAUCCACUUCUCCUGCUACACUCAAUAAUUAUAUAACUCAAAAGAGUUCAGCUCGACCAACACUAUUACGUUUACACUCGGAUUCUCUAAAUUCAGAUAUAAGUGAAAACACUACGCCCAGUACUCAUUCGGCGCCUCAUUCGCCUAAUGAAGCGACACAUGAUGGAGCAAAUCAUCAAUCAUUUCGGAUAAGAAGUACAUUUAAUGUUAAUCAACAACAGCCACAUCAAGCACGAGGAUAUGCUCAAAAUCCCCCUCUAAAUGGUGGAAGUGGCAGUAGUGCAUUAAGAACUGAUCCAAAUCAUAUAUCCUACUGUUCCGUUUGUACAAUAAUCUAG